UUCGUCCUGUGCUAGACACUUUCCGCAAUUGUCACAUGCCCUCUCUAGCGGUUUUCUCUCUGCCAAGACGCAUUUACCGCUUCGGUGUGUAUUCGCUGCCAAUUUCCGUUUUUCGAGCAUAUACUAUGCUUCGUUUGUUUUCGUUCUUGGGAGAGCUUCUGGACGCGGUUUUGUGUGGUUCAUCAUUGCUUCCCCCGUGGGACUGACAAUUGCCGUGCUCCUCCUCUCUGAAAUCUGUACUAGAUACUGGUGCCCCAAUCGGAAUAUUCCGCCAGGCGAAAGGAAGAAAUGUGAGACAGCAGGAGCGGAAUCUGAAAAGACGCGGGGAUAGUUUCCGAGCUCCGGUUUAGGUCGUCUGUGCACGUCUCCAACUUGCGCUGUUUACCCGGCCCCCAGUACGUUUUUCUCCCGCGUCCCACGGUGUCUCGUGAGAGCUUUUUUCUCCACUACGGAGACACGCGAAGCUUUGGAGCCGCCUUCGGUUCCUGGUUCUAUUCAGAGACUCGGUUGUCGCGAAGCAUCACGUUCCUGAAAAACGGUUUGGUGCCCAUACAGGCUGUACGAAGUGUGAAGCACGGCAGUAGCUGAAUAUGCCAGCAGAGAGGGGCUGCCUAAGCUGUUUUCUCUCCCGGUAAACAGAUGCUGUGGGCGAAGCCGCCCUUCUUUCCUGGUACGCCUUUCCGGGUCGCAUUUGCCCACAAGACACCAGGAACCGAGUUCACUGUCCCUGCGCCCAGGUGGGCAAACUCUUGGGUAGCGUCUGUCUCCUCGACAAAGUCGGAUUUCAGCGAAACAGCUGAACACAAUAGCUCCUUACCCCAUCUUUCUGUAUCUCACUGGUACCGAUUCGCCUGCGGAUAUCCGGCAAGCGCUUUGUGAGACUCUCAGGAGUGCUGUCUCAGUGUCACUUCACCGGGGCAGUGACCGCGUCGCGCGUUUUGAUGCUCCCGCACUUCUUUCAGUCUUUGAUUUUUGCACUUAAGCAAAGAACUCAUUUUCUUUGCGGCUUCGUUCGAACGUUUCUUUUCCCGCGUUCCGUCCUUUUUCGUCGGGUUUUGCCCGUGGAGCUCUCACCCUUUUUGAACCUAACGUUGUUUGCAAAAGAGUGCUUCCUCUCGUUUUUCUGGUCAGCUGCUUUUUCUUAGAGUUCCACAGAAGCAAGGCAGCUCUGCACCUUUUUCAGUGCCAACCUCUUGAGCACGGAUUCCCGAGGCAUCCACGCCAGGAGCCUGUGGAGGACGGGAACGUGUCGCUUAGCGUGUCUUGCCGAACGGUCUCUGCUCUGACGCGUUGCGCUCCCGUGCUGUGCACGUCUUUUUGCAUGCACUUUCGCGAGGAUGGAUACGUAUUUGAAUCGCGGAAAUGCAGUCGUCUGCACCCUUCUAGCAGCACUCGCCUUGGCGGCAGUGGGAAACCACUUUUCGACGUAUCUGUUUCAGGCAGACCCAACGGGAAAAGUGUCGAUCGCCGAAGUGUAUGAGUUCGGAGUCAACAAUGCACUCCAAGGCGAGCAAGCACAGGUGGCGCUGAAUAUCCAGGCAGACCUGACCAGUUGCUUCAAUUGGAACACGCAGCAGCUUUUCGUUUACGUCAUUGUCAGGUACGAGACGCCGAAGAACCCGCGCAACGAAGUGAUUGUCUGGGAUCGCAUCAUCACCGACCCCGAUGAUGCCAUAAUAGAUUUCGAGGGCGUUAUAAACAAGUACCCUCUGAGAGACAACGGCCGCAGUCUCCGAAACCGCACGGUCACUGUCGCUCUCGAGUACGCGUAUCACCCGGUUGUCGGGGUCAUCAAAAGUGGCCACGUCGCCUCUUCCACGUACACUCUGCCGUCCUCGUAUUUUCGGUAUGCCAAAGGCAACUAAAGCACAGGAAACAGAACAGGCCGGCUACUGAGUUCGGUAAAGAGACUAGUAGGUCUCCAAACAGACGGUCGCGAAAAGACACCGCACGGCGGAACAGGCUUUCCCGCUCGCUGUAAAAAAAAUUCGGAUAAACGCAUGGAACAACAAAGCACUUUGAGGGAGCAACCAUGGAAGGGCAUAAACAAGGAAAACAGAGGGCGGAGCCUCUCAUGUAACGGGAACCACUGGCCUGACCGUGAAGGCAAGCGUCUGUCACCGCACUGUACGGCGCAACAAAAAAAAGUUCAUUUUGGGGUUUCAGUGGUAUGCCAACGUUCUUCAAGCAUUGUGGAGGUAAACACACCAGUUUCGGACAAAUGUCGAAUUUCUGCUGUUCUGCCCGAGCUUAUCUUCUGGAUGCAGAGGUUAUUCUGCAUCCGUCCCUGCGCCGUCUACGUGCCUCGGUAAACGAUUGAGUGUAAGGCAACUCUGUGAUUUUUCGAAGACGAAAUCCGGACACUGUUCAAGCGAAACGG